UACACGGCUGUAUAGCGAAGCUGUAUAACAAACAAUUGGAUGAUAGCGAGCCGCUAGAAUUUAGGGGGCGGGAUUGAGAUUUUAACCAAAGCCUGUAGUUUGAGCAUCACCUCAUGUUUAUGUAUUAAGUGGAAGACUUAAAGAAAAAGCUUGUGCCAGCUCUUUUAGAUGAACAGUCAGUGUUGAGACAGAGGAGACAGAAGCCACACCGGGAGACAGGCUGAGUUAGUAGCUUGGGCAAAACCUUCUGUUUUGUGUCAGUAAAUUAUUUUAUAACUAUCCAGUCAGCAUGGCAAUGAGAGGACCACUGUCCAGACUACUGACAUCCACGUUGAGUUCCUGCCAGCAGAACAGAUCACAUUCUGUUGCCAUUUUGGGAGCUCCGUUUUCCAAAGGACAGAAAAGGAGAGGGGUGGAGCAUGGUCCCAAAGCUAUUCGGGAUGCAGGUCUGGUGGAGAGACUUUCAAAUCUUGACUACCCUGUUCAUGAUUUCGGAGACCUGACCUUCAAGCAUUUGGAAAAAGAUGAGCACUUCAUGCACGUGCCGUUCCCACGCACUGUUGGACGUGCCAAUCAGCUGCUCUCCGGAGCUGUGAGCGGGGCUGUGGGAGCAGGACACACUUGCAUCAUGCUGGGGGGAGAUCACAGCUUAGCGAUUGGCUCAGUGGAAGGCCACUCUCAGCAGUGUCCUGACCUGUGUCUGAUAUGGGUGGACGCACAUGCGGAUAUCAACACGCCUCUGACUUCACCUUCUGGAAACCUCCACGGCCAGUCUGUAGCUUUCUUACUGAAGGACCUGCAAAACAAGAUGCCCAAAGUUCCCGGAUUUUCCUGGAUGAAGCCGUUCCUGUCUGCUAGAGAUCUGGUGUACAUUGGUCUCAGAGAUGUGGAUCCAGGCGAGCAUGUAUUCCUGAAGACCCUGGGAAUUCAGUACUUCUCCAUGCGGGACAUUGACAGAAUGGGCAUUCAGAGAGUAAUGGAGGUCACUCUGGAUCACCUCUUGGCAAGGAAGCAAAGGCCGAUCCACCUGAGCUUUGACAUUGAUGCUUUUGACCCGUCCCUGGCUCCUGCCACUGGAACUCCAGUUAACGGCGGACUGACCUACAGAGAGGGCAUCUACAUAACAGAGGAGAUCCACAACACAGGUUUGCUGUCUGUCAUGGAUGUGGUUGAAGUGAAUCCCACACUCGGAGCAGCACCCGAGGCUGUAGAGGCCACGACUAGUCUAGCAGUCGACAUAGUUGCAUCCGCUCUGGGCCAGACGCGUGAAGGCGCACACGUCUCCUUCCCGAAGAUUACAGAACCAAAAGAGGACACUGAGCUGCGGCUGUAGAGCACACAAUCAUCAUCAUCAAAGACUCUGACAAACAAACCACUUUGCAUUCCAAAGUCUAAAAGAACAACACUGAAGGAUUUGCAGAGACUGAGCACCAGGCUAAAGGUUUAAUUAUGAAGGGUUACUGUAGUCGCCUUGGGCAAUAAAUAAAUAAAUUUUUUUAAAGUGUUACCUCACAAGUGCUGCUUUGAGCAGAUUGGUGAGAUUUAUUAUAUUAUGUCUGCUACUAACUUUAGGUUUGUGUUAAAAAUGACAGCUGAGAUCUGGAUUCUCUAUAUUUGAGGGCCUAAUAUGUUCUCUUUCAUCAGCUGUCAUGAGAUUAGUGGGUAACCUCUGAUCACUCUCUGGGUUUUACUGCAGGAAAAAAUGACAUAAAAGAACGUCUUGGAUGAGGUGACGCUUUACUUUGGUGGACUGUUUUUCCUCCGAAUUGAAACAUGUUUGCACUUUUGGACCAGAACUGGUUUUUAUUGUAUUUCUAUAUGUCUGUUUGUUUUGUAUAGUAGGACUGCUUUAAUGGCUAAUCUAAUCCUGUGGGUUUGGUUAGGUUGAGACUCUUUUUUUAAAAUAGUUUGUUUGAAGUAAGUUAUUUUAGUAAGUUUAAUUUGUAUUUAAAUAAACCUAUGAAAAAUCAUGUAUGAAUGCAUUUCGUGCACCUUUUUCAGAUCUGAAUUGACCAGUACCAGUGUCUUCCUAAUAAGGGUAGCUUGAUUUGUUGCAUUUCUAUGUUUCACUAAAAAUAUUUUGUUGCAAUAAACUACCAUACUGGAGACAGA